CGCGGCCCUCCCCGGGGCACCGGCGGCUCCGUCCCGCUGCCGUCGAGGGGAAGCGGCGGCGGGGACCGGGGGCGGGGGCAGGAGGGGAUAAAAGCCCCGGCCCGCGCCUUGCUGCUGUGGCUGGCAGUCUCCUGCCUUCCUUCUUCAUCCUCAUCAUCUUCAUCCUCCUCCUCAUCUUCUUCAUCAUCAUCAUCAUCACCAUCCUCAGCCGUGCUGCCGGCGCUGGCCGCGACCCCAAACUUCCCCCAGCCGCCGGAGAGGAGAGGAGCGGAGCAUGCGGGGCUGGCGGCGGGGCCGGCACCGGCACCGCGUUCCCCGGCCAUGAGGCGGCCGCCGGGCGCUGCAGAGUGUUAAAAGCAGAGUGAAACCUGGAGAUGUGUGAGGUGGCCACUACAGUGAUGUUUCCUUGGACUGUUUCCCCACUACACACAGAAUGGAAGUCUGUGCAGACCUUCCUACGAUUAGUGCAAAGCUAGCUGCACAUGUAAUCUGUGUCAAGGAGCACUGGGAUCCAGCUAAGAGCCAGCGACAAUGUCUUUAAACUGUCGGACGCUUCCUACUCGACUUGGAGUUUGUAAGGUGAACUGCAGAGGGCUGGCAUGCCUCUUGGUCUUCACAGUGAGUCUCUGUGGCAGUGCCCCGGGGAUGUGUCCAACAGCCUGCAUCUGUGCCAGCGAUAUCGUAAGCUGCACCAGUAAGAACCUCUCUCGGGUGCCAGGAAAUCUCUAUAAAAGUAUGAAAAGGCUGGAUCUGAGUUAUAACAGAAUUGGAUUCUUAGAGCCUGAAUGGGUCCCGGUGCUGUUUGAGAAGCUGAACACUUUAAUAAUCAAUCAUAACAGCAUUAGCAGCAUUAUCACUGGAAGCUUUUCCACAACCCCAAACCUGAAGUACCUAGACUUGUCGUCCAACAGCCUGAAGACGCUGGGCAGCGCCGUGUUCCAGGAGCUGAAGGCCCUGGAAGUUCUCCUGCUGUACAACAAUCAGAUAAUGCAGAUAGAGUCUUCAGCCUUUGGAGGAUUGUACAAAUUACAGAAAUUGUACUUAAGCUAUAACUCACUCUCGCAUUUCCCGCUGGACUUGUACAUUGGAAAACACAAGCUGACAGAACUCAUAUUGCUGGAUGUUUCCUAUAACCACAUCCAGUCGAUGCCUAUCCAGCGCCUGAGUUCGGUGCCAGCCAAGCAUCUCAGUGGAGUUUAUCUUCAUGGCAACCCGUUUUACUGUGACUGUACACUGUACUCCAUGCUGAUCUUCUGGUAUCAAAGGCACUUCAACUCUGUCGUGGACUUCAAAAGCGAGUACACUUGUUUGCUGCGAUCAGACCCAAGAGGUUACAAUAAACUGCCUUUACUGCACGACAACUUUCUGAAUUGCUCUGAAAGCACCAUCAACAGCUCUUUCCAAGCCUUUGGGUUUAUUCAUGAUGCCCAGGUUGGUGACAGGCUGAUCGUUCACUGUGACAGCAGAAUCAGUGAUGCAGGCACGCACUUUGUUUGGGUUAGUCCAGACAAUAAAUUGCUGGAGCCAGACAAGGAGACAGGCAACUUUAGGGUGUUUCAUAACGGGAGCCUGGAGAUAACAGAUGCCCAGCUAGAGGACUCUGGGGUGUACUCCUGCAUUGCAAUAAAUAAGAAAAGACUAUUGAAUGAAACCAUAGAGGUUAGAAUAAAUGUGAGCAAUUUCACAGUUAACAAGUCCCAUGCUCAUGAAGCAUUUAAUACAGCUUUUACGACCCUUGCUGCCUGUGUAGCCAGUAUUGUUUUAGUACUCCUCUAUCUCUAUCUGACCCCCUGCCCAUGUCAAUGCAAGACAAAGAGGAGGAAGAGGAAGCUGAACCAAAGCAGUGCCCACUCAUCCAUACUGAACUCCACACCGCCUCAAGAGCUGCCUGCUGAUGAGAAGAAGGCCAGCACUGGCAAACGAGUGGUUUUCCUGGAACCUGUACACGAACCAAAACACAAUCAGAAUGGGAAAGUAAAACUGUUUCCUAAUGACAAUGCAAUAGCUGAGAGCAUCUUAAAAACCACUCGAACAAAAUCCGACUCUGAUUCCGUCAACUCUGUGUUCUCAGAUACACCUUUCAUGCCAUCAACUUAGUUUGCUGCCUGUGUUUGUAUUGUGCAGUCACAUUUCUGAAUACCUCCUUUGCUUGUAGCAUCCAUCAGGAAAAAGAAAUAAAGAGAGAAAAUG